AUGCACAGAAUGGAGAACGAACCGCCUAUGAUCUCGGUGCAGGAGGAUGGCCGGGGUACCAAAAGGGGCCGCAUAAUGGGGAAACUCUUCGGCAAAAUCAAGGAAGACCGCGACCGCGACCGCGACCGGAAGCCUUCUCACGACAACAAGGGAUCGUCUGGAGAUCUGAAUGAUUUUUUUCGUGGUUCAUCGGAUACGUUGCAGGUUGCCCAUCCAGGCCCCCCCACGCUUGCAAAGCUCGACACCAAGACGGCCGGCAGUACGCGAUAUCCCAACUCCCUAAACGUGCAGAGUCCCACCGACCCUCGGCAUGAUAUGGCUAUCCGAGCACGCUCACACAGCCCACGAAUCCGCAAAAAUAAAGGCCUGAACGUCAAGUUUACCGAUGCAUACCCCGAAGUUAUUGGACAUGGCGGCGACGAGUGCGACAUUCCCACGGUUGAGAUCGCGAAAAGAAAGCAGGCCAGGCCACCCAUGCCUCCGAACACAACUGCGCCUGAAAGGCCCAUGGAUGGGGGUGGAAGACCUACUGGGCCAUUGGGCGCAGCGCCAAAGGGCGACUCUCCGUUUAUGCCAGGGCCAUUGCGACGUACGCAAACUGGGUUUACGAGUACAGCUGGUACCGGGGAACAAGAGUUGGCAGAAGGAAACAAUCCUCAGGCCAGGCCAAGAGCCAACCCAGCAACCAGUCCAGACGAGAAACGCCGUUCGUUCAUUGAACUGCAUCAAGCUGAGAUGCGAGAAGCAGAGGGACAAGCCUUUGCCAAUGCAGUCCGCUCGGCAAGCAUAUCUUCGCAAGCUACUCGACCUUCCGAGAGGCCACCCCUUUCGGCCACCAAUUCGAUGAGUCGAGGACAGUAUACAGAGUCCCCAAGAGACAUGCACCCUCCUAAACUGUACCAGCCAUCACAACCGGAAUGCCUUGGUCAGCCAGUAAUGCCAGCUUCGCCCCAAUCCAGGCUCGGCCCCUCUCCGAUACCUGCUCAGGCUCCUCGCUCCCCUCAGACAUAUACUGUCGACUCGCCUCGGGCUCUAAAACUGCCACGGAAUGGGGCUCUGGCGCCAGACACACAAAACUCUCCACUGCAUUUGCAACCGCAGAUGAGCCCACUCCCGACACCUGGUCUAACACCUGGUCUAGAACAAAGCCCACCCACCAGCUUCAUCAACCAGUUUGGGUCGUUUCGAUCGUCAGGAAGGUCCUUGGAGGGGGAGAAUAUGUCACCAAUUGCAGCACAGCAACCACCAACCCCAGCAUGGAACCAUGAUCAAAGUGCAUUAGACGAUGCCUUGAAUACCUUUGCCAUCCGGAGCACCCACCUCUUUGAACUAUUUCGUCUUCACUCCGAGAGCGUUCGGCCCUUGCUAUCAGCGACACCUGGACAGCUUGUAAGGGCAGCGUUGUGGUGGUUCCUUACUGGCCGCAUGGCACUGGAGAAUGCUGUUCGCGAACGGCCGGCGGGUAUCGAAGCCGAGCAAAGAAACAGCCUGGCUAGGCAACAAGCUCAUGCAGACCUUGCCAAAGCAUACUGGUUAUCAGAAAAGAUGAUUCCGGAGACCUCCAACAGCACGUCGACCUUGAUAGAUGCGGAGGUGGAAGAGGUACGAAAGGUUCUGGCAAACAACCUGCGAAAAUUGGCCGGAUCCAUGCAGAGAAACGGUUUUAUGCCACCCGAGGAAGCCCUCCUACCUCAAGCGAUAGACAGAUCGAUAUGGAUAGAAUAUCCCUCGUUGACCCAAGACAUCAUUUCCCUCCUUUGGGGGUCCUCGAGCUCAGCGCUCGCUUCAACACAGCAACAGCAGCCUGGUAUGGGGAUGUUAGAAGCUCUUCCACUGGGAGACUCCGACAAUUUCUUCUCGUUUGGGCGUUUCCGCAUUGAGGCAUUCCUAAUGGAGCAAGGGAGAGAAUCGCAAAGGCUUCACUUUCCGUGUUUCUUAUCCAUUGUGAGGCCGCCGAAACAGGCGGAUAUCAUGUUCAUUGUCGCAAGCCAAAAUGGUUCUGUUCAGCUUAGGAUAUCUGGUAACAAAGGCUUGGGUCCCGUGUGGGAAGACGUACGAUGGCGCCCAGAAACACUCACCCUGGAUGUACGGCUGCCACGAGGGUUUGCUCUGGUCCUCCAAUGCUCGCAAAGCAGCUUCAAAACGCUGCGCAGCAUGUAUGAGUUCAGCGCAAAGGUCCAUUCGAGCCUUUACGCGAAGCCAGACGAGAAGUGCCUGUUCAGAUCAACGCUUCGCGCCUUUCAGUAUGUCGACAAUGACCCACAGGCCCGGCAGUUUCCCAGGGAAGCAACCCCGGGGUGCGAGCUCGCCUUGUUUGAGCGCCUCAAGAAAGAAGGUGCGGCAACCGGACCUCGAACCUACCAUCGCGGAUAUCGAAUCGCAGUUGUCACCGGGCCAAAGGUUAAGACACUGAGCGGCGUCAAUCAAGUGUACACUCCACAAACACUUAUUCAGCUUGGUAAAUGCCGCACUGAAGCAGGCGACCCUGCCCUUACCGUAAAAUUUGAAAACGGGCGUCUCAAGGGAAGCAUGGUUUUGUCUUUCAAGGACGAGCAAGAAAGGUCGCAGAUGCAUAGUCUACUCAUUGGGUCAGCAUUACAGAAGAAUGAGGAGGUUUUCUGUGAGGUUCCGCUGAAGGUCGUCUGGUUCUCUGAACAAUACGGGGAUUCUGCACACAACGGUCUCAAGCAGAUGGCUGGGUUGAGCUGGCAAAGGGUCAAGGUCAUCAAUGACGACAAUGAUGGUGACCGGCCACCGUGUGUUCUUGCUGACAAGCUUCGUGUGGUUUACGACUUCCAGGAUGGCACAUUCACUGACAGGAUCAACGUCGCGCCCGGCGAACUGCGGCUGAGGCUAGACGUACGCAACCCCAGUUGUAUCAUGAUCUUUCGCCAGCCGCAAGCAGACGCAACUCUGGCAUUUACGGAACCAAAGAUUUCGCGCGACCUGUCUCAAGGGAUGGCCGAGUGCCUGGAAGUCCUCCAGCAAUCUCCCACCAUUCGAACCUACAUGUUCCCUAGUGUCGGUGAACUCCAUGCCUUUGAGUCCGCCAUCACCGGUUUCAAAAUCCUGUUUGAUGGGAUUGCUAGUGCAUUUGCGAUCUCGCGUCGCCGCAUGGUGGUACCCAUUCACAAGAAAUGGGAGGCUGGGUCAACCCGAAUUCAGAUCGUGCAGCAAGACGGGGUUACGCAGAUGCUAACCUUCUUUGAGAACUUCGUCCACGGCCAGUGCAUGGGAUUCACUUUGAAAGGAACCGACAUCUUUGAGGCUUUCAACAAGGGCGGCAAGGCUGGGCUCAAAAUUGCUGAUGCCAAGUUUCCUCUGCCCAAGGUUUUGCCCCAGAAUGUAACAGAUGCACAGGCGGCCGCAGACACGGCCUUUUUGUGUCUAGAUCUACCUGAACUCCCCGGGGAACAUGACGACAUAACCAUUUUGUUUGAAAGUGAAGCGGAGCGUGACAAGCUUGCCUUGUGUCUCCCAGCACCUGUGAAGGGCUCGAGGUUACCAAAGAAGUAA